AUGGCGAACAAGCACCGAGCAAACAACUGGAUAGAUGGUCUUCGGGGAAUUGCCGCCAUAGUUGUGGUGACCUAUCAUCUCUGCUCAUGUUUUGCCAGUUGGCUGAAUUCUCCUGCAAUCGAUGAACAUGGCGCCGUCUCUCUCUUUCAAUAUCCAUUCCUGCGCCUCUUUAUGGGAGGCCGUACAGCAGUCGCACUAUUCUUUCUGAUCACCGGAUAUGUCAAUUCGUACAGUACCCGAAAGAGAGUUCGCCAAGGUGAUGCCGGUCUGGCUCUUCACUGUUUGUCCAAAACGACCUUCUCACGAACAGCCAAACUGGUUCUUCCGACCAAUGCUGCCCUGAUCAUCGGAUGGAUGGUCUGUCAAUUGAAUGGAUACCAUAUGGCGGCACAGACGGAUUCGUUCUGGAUCCGUGUGGGCGCUGUGGCGCCUGGUCCGACAUUUGGGGCCGCUCUCAAGGGCUUAUUGCUCAAUUUGACGGUAUUCUGGCAUGAUGGAGUUGGCAUCUAUGAUCAUACCUACUGGACCAUUCCAUUCUUCGUCAAGGGCUCGAUGAUCGUGUAUCUCACGCUUCUGGGCACAGCGUAUACUCAACCGCGCUGGACAAAACCGAUACUUGUCUUUCUGUACAUCUUUGCCUGGGCCGGAGGUCAAGCUCUCACCGACUUGAACAUCUAUGCUGGAAUGCUCCUCGCCGAACUCAGUGUCGACUACGGACCUCGCGCCACUUCGGCCCUCUCACGAAUCACGUCUUUCUCCAUGAUUCUAUUCGGCUUACUCCUCGCCUCCUUCCCCGAAGACCACGCCGACUGGACGCCCUGGAGCAACGCAAUCAACACCGUAGCAAUAUACCUCGUCCCAGCCGGCGCCGAAGUCAACCGCUACGUGAUCUCCGUUGGAACAACAUUCAUUUCCUUCGGUGUCUUUUUCUCCCCAGACGCUCGCGAAAUCCUGUCUCACCCGAUCAUGAACUUCUUGGGCCGGAUCUCUUUCCCGAUCUACUUGAUUCACAACACGCUGAUACGCACGCUUCUGACGUGGUUGGUGUACCGGGACUCCGCUAUUAAGGAAGGGCUUUACCCGGUGGAUGCGGAGGGAAAUCCGAAAUAUCUGGACAAAGGAGGUCUGGGUGCUUUUAUGGUUGCUGUGCCGAUUUUCUAUGCCACUCUUCUGUACAUGUCUUAUCUGUGGACGGUCUAUAUCGACCCCCCCUGUGGUCGUUUGGUGGAUUGGUUAUCGGAGACUGCGUUUGGGGAAAGUGAAGGGGUUGGAGGAGUAGUCUUGAAGAAAGAGGGACUACCGGGUGCUUUGGUGAGCUGA